AGCAAAACAUAAUAUAAAUUAAAACAUUGUUUAUCCUUAUCAAUCAUUAUUUAAUAAUAACAUUUAUAACAAUAAUAUUAUAUAAAAUUAGAUAAUAGUUUAAGUGGUAGAAUAUCAAUAUGCAAAUAUGACUUAUUUAUAUGAUGUAAAUGGAGGGAGUUAGCCAAGUUGGGACUUGACGAUUUAGUAAGAAACAACCAUUAUACCUUAAUCAAAAUGAAGCUAGUCCAAAUUACCACAAUAAAAUUGAGAAAUAUUAAAUUAUUUGCAAGUUCAUAUAAACGUUUAUAUAGUAAAUGUCAAACAAAUAGUUAUGACGUACUUGUUGUGGGAGGAGGUAUUGUUGGAUUCGCUACUGCAAGAGCAUUACUAUCACGCAAUAAACAUUUACAUGUAGGUCUGGUAGAAAAAGAAAAUAGGCCUUCAGUUCAUCAAAGUGGACACAACAGUGGAGUUAUACAUGCAGGUAUUUAUUACAAACCAGGUUCAAUGAGAGCAAAAAUGUGCAUUGAAGGUCUGUAUAAAACUUAUGAAUACUGUGCUAAAAAUAAUAUACCACAUAAAAAAUGUGGAAAACUUAUUGUUGCCACUGACGAGUCCCAGAUAAAAAGUUUAAAUGAUUUAUAUGAGCGGGGAUUAGAAAACGGUACUCCUGACAUUAAGUUGAUAAAUGGAAAUGAUAUUAAGACCAUUGAACCAUAUUGUAAUGGUGUACGAGCAAUUCAUUCACCACAUACAGGAAUUGUAGAUUGGGCAGUAGUGACAAAACAUUAUGCAGCAGACUUUGUAAAUUUAGGAGGCAAAAUAACUUACAAUUUUAAAGUAAAAUCAUUUGAAGAAUGUAAACAUAACAGAGCACUCAGAAUAAUUUCUGAAAAAAAUAAAGAAGUAUUAGCAAAUUAUGUCAUCACGUGUGGUGGGCUGCAAUCAGAUGAAUUAUCAUUGAUGACUGGAUGUCAACCUGAUCCAUACAUAUUACCAAUACGUGGUGAAUAUCUUUUACUUGGCAAAGAAAAAGCACACCUCGUUAAAGGCAAUAUUUAUCCAGUACCUGAUCCCAGUUUACCAUUUCUUGGAGUACAUUUUACUCCAAGAAUGGAUGGCUCUGUUUUUUUGGGUCCAAAUGCAGUUCUGGCUCUAAAACAAGAAGGAUACAGUUGGGAUGAUGUAAGUGUUUCCAACACAAUAAGGCUUUUAAAAUUAGAUGGAGUACAAAAACUAAUGGCAAAACAUAUGAAAUUUGGCAUAAAUGAAACAAUUAAGUCAUUAUUUCCUGCCAUGCAGCUUAAAGAAAUACAAAAGUACAUUCCAGAUAUCAAACAAAAUGAUAUUAAUAAAGGUCCUACGGGUGUUCGAGCUCAACCACUGUGGGCAAAUGGAACAAUGGCAGAAGAUUUGGUGCUAGACAUUGCGUCAAAUGAUCCUUCAGAUUUAGUGAAGCAUAGAAUAAUGCAUUGCCGAAGUGCUCCAUCCCCUUCAGCUACAUCAUCAUUACCAAUUGGGGAAGUCAUUGUUGACAAAAUGUUUGCAAAAUACCCACAUUUAAACCAUAUACCAAGUUAAGUUACCUACUUAUAUCAAUAAUGUAUUUGACACUUGUGUUAUAUUCUAUAAAAUACAUUUGAUUGAUGAUAGUUAGAUUAUUAUAAUAUACUUCAGUUUAUUAGAUAAAAGUGAGGUCUCGUUUAGUACAUUUUUUAAAUAUCAACAUUGAUUUAAGUUUCUUAGAAUAAUCUAACCAAACAGACUAAUUUUUAUAAUUAGA